GGCGGCGGCGCAUGGGGCGCGGUGCGGCCGGCGGCCGUCUGCGUGUGCCCGGCUGUGGGGGACCCGUUCGGGCCUGCCGCUGCGCGCGGCGGGACGGGAGCCGGGGAGCGGGCCGACGCCCAGGCAGCCGCCAGCGACGCCAGCGAUGCGACCGCCCUGGCCGUGUCCCCGCCGCAGGAGGCGGCGUCGACGCCGGCCGCGGCUGACCUGAAGCGCCGCCUCGCGGCGCUCGAGGCGGAGUGCGCCGAGGCGCAGGCCGCGGCCGACGGCCGCGUGCGGCUGCGCGUCGCGGCGGCGCAGGCGCCCGCCGCAGGGGCCAGCGGCUGCCUAAGCGUUGACUGCGACGCGGCGGGCUUCGAGGAGGCAGCCCCAGCAGAGGCGUCAGAUGGCGGCCGCGGCCGCGCGUGGAAGCGCCUGCGCUUGCUCGUGCCUGCGGGCUACCCGUCCGAGCCGCCCCUGGCGGCGUUUGGGCACGGCACGCCCCCGCCAUCCCUGGCGGGCGACCCCGUCGCGGCGCUGCGCGCGGCGGAGGCAUGGCACGAGUUCCAGGCCGCGGCGGCCGAGCGGCCCGCCGCUGACCUGGCGGGCGUGGCGGCGCUGUGGGGCGGCGCGGUGGAGAGGGUGGAAUCCGGGGCGGCUGCGGGGGCGGCAGCCGCGGCAGCGGGCGGGGCGUCGCGGGGCGUGUGA